AUGUCAUCUCCAACAUCUGAUUCAUAUUUAAAUCCAAUAACAAAUUAUAUAUCAUUAAUUCAACGAAAAGAAAUCUUUACAAAACAACGCAUUCAUUCAAUACGUCAAUAUUUUCUUCAAUCAGUUGGAUUAACUAUUCUGCUAUAUUUUAUUCUACAAAUACCCAUUCUAUUAUAUUUUCUACUUAAAUUAUUAUUACGUUUAAUUUUUCAAAUAUUUUCACUGAUAUUUUGGUUACCUUUAAAAACUAUUGAAUUAAUAUUACCAAAAACAAAUAGUUAUGGUAUUUUAUUUCCAUUACUUUUUUUAUUUUCAACUGUUUCAUAUUUAAUUGCGAAGUUGACACAUAAAAAUUUUGAAACAAAUUUCGGAAAACGUUAUAAAGUACUGAAAAAGAAUUCAUUUAUAUUAAUUUUUAUCGUAUUUCUUCUAUUACAAUCUAUAUUUAUUCUCUUUCCGAUUGCUGGAUCAAUACAAAAACAAAAACAAUUGCCUUUAAAUUCAUUGAUUAGCAAACAAACUAAAAUAGAUUUAUCGGAAAAAUCUAAUAUAUUGAUAAAAAAUAAUGAAAAUAUUAAACGUCAAGAACUUAAUCGAUUGAAAACAAAUGAUACAAUUCAAAAUAAAAAAUCAUCGUAUUUGGAAAACAAUUUUGAAUCUGAUGUUGAAGAUGAACAUUCAAAUUUAGUUGAUCGUGACAGACGACAUAUGGUCGAUGUAGAAAAUUUGAAUACUAAUUUUCCUUUUAAAAUUUCUUCGGAUGAAGAACGAGAAUUAUUAUUUAAACAACAAGCAAAUAAACUUGUUGAUUCUAAUCAACAGUUCAGUUCCAAUGUCCUCGAAAACUCAACUAAGCAGAGCGUAGGAACAUUUCAGACUAUAAUGAAAAAGAAGACAUCAUCUACUAAAUCAGAACUAGAAGAACAACAAUCAUUAAUAUAUGAUCAAAAAUUAAAUAAUUGGCUUGAUGGACUUUGGAAUAUUAACUAUCCAACUAAACUUGAUUUUCAAGAAUUGCAUUCUUUAUCAUUACAAUAUCUUCAACAUUUACCUCAAUAUGAUGUGAGUUCAAUUUAUGCAGCUUAUACAGAUUUGAAUUGUUAUGAUUACACAUCAAUAAUUGAUCAUUAUCAAUCAACUAAACAAAAAUAUAUUCAUUUCCUUGAUACUUAUCGUCGUCAGACACCUUUUCCUGUUUAUCUAUCUAUAUUACAAUCUAAUGGACCUAAAUGUUAUCGUUACUAUCCAAAUUUGUUGUGUGCAAAUUCUCAAACAGAAUCGAAUCGUUUUUCAAAAGUGUUCAUAAUUAAUACCAUUUUGAUUAUUUUAUCAGUAAUCAUUUUAUUAUAUCGACAAUAUAAUAAAAAAUCAAAUAAAACUCAAGAAAUCAUAUCAAAUAAACCAAAUGAUAUAUCUUUACCACAAACAACACCAACUAUUACUGAGAAUUAUUAUUAUAUAAAUCCAAAAAUUAAAAAUCAAUUAUCUUCAUGGCUUGAAUAUGUACAAAAUGAUAAUUAUGAAAAUAUCCGAGAUAAAUGUCGGCUAGCAUUAAAUAGCAAAUUAUUAAAAAAAUAUGAACAACUACAAAUAGAAAAAUUACAAUUUACUGAUGCGAAAAUUUAUCAUAUUUCUCAAAAAUCUAAUGAACCGCCUGUAAUCAAUGCAACAAUGAAUAUUGAUAAUUUAGUAUUUAAUAUUCUAAAUCCAAUAAAAAAGCAUCAUUAUUCUAUUGAAAUACCAAAAUUAACUGGUGAACUUCAAAUAUAUUUGAUAAAUAAUAUUGAAGUUAAAUUUAAACAAAUUCAAAUAAAUUCUGUCGAUAUUAUUGAUUCGAAAAAUAUUUUAUCAUCUGAUGAAAAACAAUCCAUCAUCAAAUUACUGACAGAAAUAAUUAGUCAAACUAUUGUUCAAUUUAGUUUUCAUUUACCUGAUAAACAAGAUAAAAUUGUUAAUGAGCCAGUGGCACCACCGCCUACUCCAUUAACUCCACUUGAAUCAUGUGAAAUUCCUAUUUUAACACCAGCAAAGAUCAACAAUCAACAGAUCUGUCCUCCUCAAGAACCUAAAAAACUACUUGUUCGUAUUGUGAAAGCUGUAAAAUUACAUGAUGUUGAACAACCAUUUUGUUUGCUUCAAUUAAAUCAUCCUAAACAAACUCAUCAAACAAGUAUUGCAAAAAAUGGUUUAAAUCCAUUUUGGGAUGAACGUUUUAUAUUUGAUUGUAAUGAUAAAAGUAAUGAAAUACAUUUAAAAAUUUUCGAUCGUAAAAAGCCAAAUAAAAAACUUCCGUCUAAUACAAAUGAUAUCCUUUAUGCAGAUGUAUCAAUUCCAUUUUCCUAUGUCACAAGUACAAUUUACAAACAAGAUGUACGAAUGACUCCUCAAUAUCCCGAGUCAAUGAUUCGUAUUGAGGUAAAAAUCUCUAAGUUACAUUUCCUAAAGUAA